CCAACGGCACCAAGCGAGCGUGGUUUGUGUCGUCCGUUGAUUCGCGAAUGUCUCGUAACUUUAUUUCUCCGAACAGAGCCUUGACGUGAACAGCCUACAGCCACAGAUCGAAGUUUAAAAAUGUGUUCAUCUAAUAUAAGUGACAAUGACUCUUCGUCGGUGUGACAGCUUGCCCACGAUACUCCGGGAGGCGUCUGUCCCAAGCCCUGACACUUGUCGACCCUUCGCUAAUAAAAUAUCGGACUCGAACACCGUCCCAAAUUUCAGAGGCACGCUUGUGCGAGAUGAAGUUAUAGCCACUUGGAAAUCCCUGCACACCGACAUCACAAAAAUAAAAAAUGGUCAUCCAAAAAUUGAUAUACCAUCGGAUAAAAUUAUCGAGUCACAUCACAAGUUUCCAUACAAGAAUAGGCUCCGUCGUAAAAAGAUUACUUAUGGCAAUCACAUUUCAAUUGCGUGUCAAGACGUCGAUCGCAGUUCAUCAUUUCCCUUGGACAUGGGGCAAGGGUGUCCAAACCGACGGCCUAGUACCGUACGAAGACGAACUCUACUGGAACGCCUACUCUCCUGGCGGACCCCCGAGUGCGAUUGCCAAGGACAGUGCGCAUCGAGAUCACGUCAAUCAUAUCCUCGCACAGACGUUCAGUGCACGUGUGGUAUCAGAAAUCAGAUCAAGGACAAACAGAGUUUCGCAGAACGCGGCCGCUCGAAAAGUGUUGGUUACGAAGUUACUCGUGAGGUUACACAAUUUCGUCGGUGCGCUAGUGCGGGUGCAACGGUGGGUGCCGAGACAGCGGCGGCCCUGAGGGCUCGAGCCGCACUCACUCUCGCGAGACGGUACUACCCUGAAGGAGGCUGGGGUUGGACCGUUACGGUCGUUGGUACUAUAGUGCAAAUACUUUCACAUGGUCUGCAACUUGGAGGCGGCACUGGGGCUAUUGCCUGUACAGCUGCAGUCAAGUACCGUGUUGCACCAAUUUACACGUAUGGAUGUCUUGGGGCAAUGUCAGCAAGCGUGGCGUUAGCUCUGUCACCUGUGACGGUUGCGCUCUGCGUUCGGAAAUCAACACGGGUCACCGCUGUUGUUGGAGGUCUUGUAGCAGCUCUCGGAUGUCUCUUUACUUCUUUCGCGACACAGUUUCACCAGCUAUUCUUCAGUUACGGGACCGUGGUCGGUGUGGGUGUGGGGCUAACGAGAGACUGCUCCACUCUGAUGGUGGCCCAGUACUUCAAGCGACGCCGAGAGCUAGUAGAAAUAUUUAUAGUCAGCGGAAGUGGACUCGGUAUUGCUGUCAUGUCGACAUUCAUCAGAGGGGCGAUCAGAGCGAUCGGUUGGAGACUUGGUCUACAAGCAGUAACAGGAGUCGUAUUUGUAACAUUCAUACUCGGCACAUUCUACCGCUCAGCAUCUCUGUAUCAUCCACAACGCCGGGCAAUUUUGCACCUUAAAAACCAAAAUAAGAUCAAGAGAAAAAUGAAAGAUAGAAAUAAAUCCGAUGAUCGUCAGCCGUUCUUUGACUUCUCUACUCUAAGAUCCAAGACAGUGCGUAUACUUCUCAUGUCCACAGGAAUAUCUGCGUUUGGGAUUAAUACGCCGAUUUUCUAUCUCGCGUAUCAUGCUGAAGAAGAAGGUUUGGGUGACACAGCAGAAAUACUCCAAGCGUACUUAGGCCUAGCCUGGGCAGUAGGUUGUGCUGCCUUUGGGUUACUGGUACGUCAGAAAUCAGCUGAGUGCCGCAUAGCAAGACAGUACUUGACCCAGGCUGCGGUGUUUGUCUGUGGUUUGGCGACAAUGGCUCUUACUGCUGUUGAAGGGUCGCAUAGUGGAUAUGUCAUGUUUGCUUGGGUUUAUGGUAUAUUCUGUGGUGGCUACCACUACUCCUUAAAAAUGUACACUUACGAACGCGUGCGAUCCCGAAACUUCGCCCGCACAUGGGGUUUCGUGCAAUGUUCACAAGCUGUGCCUAUCGCUAUUGGAGUGCCGCUUUCGGGGUAUAUAAACGUUGGCUGCGGCGGAAAGGCCGGUUACUACUUCAGUUCGACGUGCUCACUCAUAGGGUCGCUCUCGCUAUUUUGUAUUGACCUGCAUCGACGGAGUGUAGCGCACAAACAAACCAAAGAGAAUGGCGGCACAGCGUCGUGCGAAGCCGCGCAUGGGCCGGCUCGACGCAGCCGGAGUCGGGAUCGAGAACCGCGCGCAGCUACUGGCGCAGCCACGGCUUUAGUUCUAGGUGCAGAACUCGUGGCCCCAGGUCGAACUGGGCGCGACCUGUUGGACAGCAUAGGUCCAGGUAGUCUCGGGUCACCACCGCCUAACCUCCCGCCAGAGCUGACGUGCAUUAGCGAAGAGGGUGGCUUAGACCUAGAUCUGGACUUAGACAUCCCAGAGCAUUUAUUAGAGGAUCUAGAUUGUGGGGGCGACUGUAUUACUAGCUGUAAUAAGGUAGAAAACUAUCUAAUGCUAAGCGAGUACGAGAACAACUUAAUAGCAGAACUGCCAAAUGUAAACGAGCGUCGCGGCCGACGUUGGUCCAUAGUUGUGGCAAACUCGCCACAGCCUUCGAACCACGACACGCCUGAACACUCCAUCAAAUGGAAGAAAAAGUGCCAUAACACAAACAACAGACUGAUAACAGUUAUCAACGAGGCCUCCAUGUAA